AUGAGCUCCCUCCGUCACCGGGCUCGCCUUCUCCCCAGAUCAGGAGCACUAAGUUCGCCGCUCGCCCAUUUUUAUGAAGAGGAAGCAGUGGCAAAGAGAAGACAGAGUCAUGGGAGAGCAUGCAGGGGCUCCACCACCGCUAAUUCUGUCGUCUCUGUUGCCGAUCCCGUCGCGGCACCACCUCUCCUUGUCGAUUGCGCCGCCGCCGAGAUGCCACACCAGAGUUCGUUUUUCACGAUGAAGAAGGAGCUGGGUAGUGGGUACACCGUUUGA